UUCAGGCGAGCGUUCAGCGUCUAUCGGAGCUUUGGCACAGAGUGCAGCCAUCAAUUGGGCUACUCCUACUGGACCGCAAGUCCUAAACAAACUCAUAUUGACAGAUGAACAAAUUCCUUGGGUUGGUUCAACCUUAACAAUUGCAGCAGGUUCUAUGUGCAUUCUAACCGGAUUUUUUGCAAGUUUUAUCGGUCGUAAGACUGCAAUGCUUCUACUCGUCAUCCCGUUUACAUUUGGCUGGACACUGAUUAUUUUUGCAAGGAAUUUUACCAUGGUAAUUAUGGGUCGUGCUUUACUCGGCAUUGCAACCGGAGGAGUGUGUGUCAUCGUGCCAAUUUACAUUGCCGAAAUAGCCGAGACACGUAUUCGGGGCGUAUUGUGUUAUCUCUUCCAACUUUCAUCCUCUGUGGGAACACUACUUGCCGGUGCUUCCAUUACCACAUCACGGUUAAGUGUUGUUUGUGCUGUGAUUCCGUUGGUGUUUGGAAUACUCAUUCUAUUUUGCCCUGAAUCACCGACUUACUUGAUGCAAAACAAUAGACCUGGUGAUGCUUCAAGGGCUCUGCUACGGUUACUUCAACCAGCUCAAUACAAGGAAGCUUUUCAAUCAUUGUUUCGGCAGUCGUCAGUGAAGGCGUUGUUCAUUAGCUAUGGAUUGUUUGUUUGUCAACAAAUGUGUGGCAUCAACAUUCUAAAAUUCUACACGGAGGACAUAUUCCCGGCGGUCGACGAAACGAAGCUCAAUUCAGCUUCGUUAACAGCUUUCAUUGGUGUCGUUGCUACAGUUGUCGCAGGGUUUAUUGUUGACAGAAUAGGAAGACGUGCUUUGCUGAUAACAUCACAGAUAAUAAUAACAAUCUGCUCCCUUUCGUUGGGCUUUUAUUUCCGCAUAAAAGAAUCAAAUUCAAACAGUGUGGAUCAUUUGAAUUGGAUUCCACUGAUUAUACAGGGCGUAUUCACAGUAGCAUUUUCAAUUGGACUUGGUCCAAUACCAUGGGUGAUUUUAGGUGAAAUAUUUCCAACAGACGUUAAAUGCUUGGCCGGAUCGAUUUCCACUUCGGCAAGCCUGACCUUAGCCUUCAUUACGACGAAGACCCACGAUAGUCUUCACGAAGUGUUUGGUGCUGGCGGUGUAUUUUGGUUGUACACAAGUUUUUCGUUGCUUGGAACCGUUUUCGUAUACUAUGUCGUUCCGGAAACGAAAGGAAAAUCGCUAAAUAACAUUCAGCAAAUAAUCAACGAAGUUCAGCCGGCUGACUCAGAUGGAUUGCUGGAGAAUAGUGACAAUAUUGCAAUGAAAGAGCUAAGGGAUGGUCAGAAAGGGAAAUUCUUCACUUUGUAAAAAGCUUGUUUAUUGGCUGAAGGGCUAUUUCUAUAGUAUUAAACAACCUCUAGAGCUAGGUUUUUUUUGCAUUAACUAUAAAGUGUACUUUCACCUGCAUUCUGCAAGGAGCCAAUAAAGCAUACGUAAGAUAAUUCGA